CCCUGUCUCUCCAUAUCGCUGUGUAGCUGGCUGCUUGUUGCUAGUUUGAUCCAUUUGUGUGUGUCGAACUUUUGCCGUGCCGACGGACCUACAGUGACAUAUCACUAGGUUAGCUAUUUGCUUACCCCGGUAAUUUGUUGGAUUCACGGACCGCGCCUUCACCGAGUAGGCUUGAUGAGCAGACCAACGUUACAAUGUAUCGGGACGUCCACAAAUGGUCGCUCCGAAUCAAAGGGCUCGCUCGCCACACAGUUAAGCGCAGUUAGUGCCGGAGGAGAGCCGGCGCCUAAUGAGUCCGUCCACAGUAAAUCACGGCCACUAGAGGCAAGGCCUGUUCUUAAGUCAGCUGGAAAAGAUCAGAGAGUCGCCAAAACAACAACCAGGUCUCCAAAAGCAAAGUUGAAUGGUACCGGAGAGCGCACAAUAUCCCCAGCGCUGCCCCAUAAAGAUGAGGCAGAGAGUGGGUGCAGGACAGUUAAACAGACCGGCUCUGAUGCUCAGUCUCAGCCCGCAGCUUCCACUGGGUCAGCACGUCAGGCCGGUGUAUUGAGGCAGGCGAGCCCAGUGUUACAGCCGGCAGCUGUGGUGGUGACAGAACAGCACAAAGAGCAGGUGGAUGCCCCCCCAGCCUCACACGAUACGCGCGGGGGGUGUGCCACUAGUGCCACUUACGACAUCCAGGCUGAACUUCGGCAGAACCAAAGCCCCAGUGAGGAGGAAGAGGAAGAGGAGGAGGAAGAAGCGUGUAGUGAGAGGCCUGCACGCACUGCUCCUUUAGAGCUUCUGGCUGAGUUCUUGAAAGCAGUGAUGGAGAAAGACUACCCGCUGUGUCAGAAGCUCUGUCAGAUGAUUCUCAUUUAUGAGCCAGAAAACCCAGAGGCAAAAGUGUUCAUGCCACUUAUUGAAGAGAGAUUACUGAUCGCACAAGAGGAAGAGGAGCAGAGGAGACAGGACGAUACAGGUUGCAGCAGUGAGGAAGAAGACGACGACGACGACGAUGAUGAUGAUGAUGAUGAUGAUGGUGAUGAGUGUGAUGGCGACAGUGAUGAUAGUGAAGAGCAGACAGACAACUCUGAGAGUUCCUCUUCAUCGUCCUCGUCCUCUGAAGAGGCCAGCGAUGAGGACGAGGAGGAUGAGGAGGAGAGGAGAGUGAGUGAGGAGCAGGAGCGCUGUAAGAGGGCAGCGGUCAUCCCGUAGUGUUGGGCAGCCGUGUCUCCGCCCGGUUUUCUCUCUCUGUUACUCUUGUGCAUGUAUUUAUUUCUGUAUUAUAAAAUAAAAUGACAAACACAGAGACAUACCCAAACACACAUUUAGUGUUGAAAAUUGCUUUACUCUAUUAAAAAAAUUAUAUUAAAAAAUAUGUUAAUUUUGUUAGUGGUUGGUGAGGUUUUGUUCUUCUCUUGCCAAAAGAUACAGACAUCACUUACAUGUCUUUAUGUGUUAUCAUAACCUACUGUUCAAUAAAACGCGUCUUAACCAGC